CCUACUGCGGCUGGGCGCCGGCUCCGCUCCCUCGUCGGCCCGCGCUCCAGCUGCGCCCGGCCCUGGCCCGGCUUGGCCCGGCCCUGGCCUCCGAGCGAAGGCGCCGCUGCCGCCUGGGCCGCUCCCAGGGCCAUGAGGAGGCGACGGCAGCCAUUGCGGCCCGCGUCAAGGUGACCGGCCGGGACUGCGGCGGCGGCGGCGAGAGCGGGCGACCUGCCUGCCUGCCAGUCCAUCUGUCCAUCUGCCGUCCAUCCAUCCAUCUACCCACCCACCCUCGCAUCCAUCCAGUCCUUGUUCAGGGCCUGCUGAGUGCUAGCACUGUGCCGAGUGUGGGGCUGCAGUAGAGGAAAAAGACAAGUCUGGUCCUUGCUGUCUUUUGGCUCACAGUCUAGUAGUGAAGUUAACGGCUACUGUUUGGAAAGAGACGUGCUGGGAUGGUUUAUCCUAUUGGCCUGGGAUUAUGAAGCCCAACAUGUGUUUCUGGACUUCUUCAGACAGGUUAUGUCACCGACAGAGGCUGCCCUGAAGCUCCCUGUGGCCUGGAGACUAUGUACAAGAGGAAUGGUCUGAUGGCUAGCGUGCUGGUCACCUCUGCCACUCCACAGGGCAGCAGCAGCUCAGACUCUCUGGAGGGCCAGGGCUGCGACUAUGCCAGCAAGAGCUACGAUGCCGUUGUCUUCGAUGUCCUGAAAGUGACUCCCGAGGAGUUUGCUAGCCAGAUCACAUUAAUGGACAUACCCGUGUUUAAAGCCAUCCAGCCAGAGGAACUAGCCAGCUGUGGAUGGAGUAAGAAGGAGAAACAUAGUCUCGCUCCCAACGUCGUGGCCUUUACCCGGAGGUUUAACCAGGUCAGUUUUUGGGUUGUACGAGAAAUUCUAACAGCACAGACUUUAAAAAUAAGGGCAGAAAUCCUGAGCCAUUUUGUGAAAAUAGCCAAGAAACUUCUAGAACUCAACAACCUUCAUUCUCUCAUGUCUGUGGUGUCAGCAUUACAAAGUGCACCCAUCUUCAGGCUGACAAAAACCUGGGCUCUGUUGAAUAGAAAAGACAAGACCACCUUUGAGAAAUUGGACUACCUGAUGUCUAAAGAAGAUAAUUACAAGCGGACUCGGGAAUAUAUCCGAAGCCUGAAGAUGGUUCCCAGUAUUCCCUAUCUAGGCAUCUAUCUUCUGGAUUUAAUCUACAUUGAUUCUGCAUAUCCUGCCUCAGGCAGCAUCAUGGAAAACGAACAAAGAUCCAAUCAGAUGAACAAUAUUCUCCGAAUAAUUGCGGAUUUACAAGUUUCCUGCAGCUACGACCACCUCACAACCCUGCCCCACGUGCAGAAGUACCUGAAGUCCGUGCGCUACAUUGAAGAGCUCCAGAAGUUUGUGGAAGACGACAACUACAAACUGUCGCUCAGAAUUGAGCCAGGAAGCAGCUCCCCGAGACUAGUCUCUUCCAAGGAAGAUCUUGCAGCCCCCGCCAGCGGCUCCAGUUCUGCGAGGUUCAGCCGGCGGCCCACCUGUCCUGACGCAUCUGUGGCUGGCAGCCUCCCCACGCCCCCAGUUCCAAGACACAGGAAGAGCCACAGCCUGGGCAACAAUAUGAUGUGUCAGUUGAGUGUAGUUGAGAGUAAAAGUGCGACAUUCCCAUCGGAGAAAGCGAGGCACCUGCUGGACGACAGCGUCCUGGAGUCGCGCAGCCCCCGCAGGGGCCUCGCCCUCGCCUCCUCCUCUGCCGUCACCAAUGGACUCGCCCUCGGCAGUAGUGAGAGCUCAGAGUUUAGUGAAGAGAUGUCUUCAGGGCUGGCAAGCAGGGGACGUCUCUAUGCCACGCUGGGGCCCAACUGGCGGGUUCCAGUUCGGAAUUCUCCCAGAACCCGGAGCUGCGUCUACAGCCCCACCGGCCCGUGCAUCUGUACGCUGGGGAGCUCGGCAGCGGUCCCCACCAUGGAGGGGCCUCUGAGAAGGAAAACUCUGCUCAAGGAAGGACGGAAGCCCGCGCUGUCCUCGUGGACCAGGUACUGGGUCAUCCUCUCAGGAUCCACCCUCCUGUACUACGGAGCCAAGUCCUUGAGGGGCACAGACAGAAAACACUAUAAAUCCACACCUGGCAAAAAGGUCUCCGUCGUGGGCUGGAUGGUGCAGCUGCCCGAUGACCCCGAGCACCCGGACAUCUUCCAGCUGAAUAACCCCGACAAAGGCAAUGUUUACAAGUUCCAGACUGGUUCCCGGUUUCAUGCAAUACUGUGGCACAAGCAUUUGGAUGACGCAUGUAAAAGCAACAGGCCUCAGGACCAGGCUUCAGGAGAAAUGCUUUACGUGCAGGAAUUGGCCGAAUCCUCCCAACAUCCCUGUGAGGUAGGUUCCCAUACUGUCUCCGUUUUAUGCUGAGGACACUGAGGCUCAGAAAGUGGCAGACACUUGUUUAAGGCCCCACGGUGAGUAAGAUCUAACCCCGGUCUGCCUGACACCAGAGUCUGUACUUGCCGGCCCGGAGAUCUCCCGCCGCAUGCUUCCUGGGGGGGAGGCGGGGGGCGGGGACCUGGCUUGCUCAGCCUCCUGCCAUUGAGCCAGAGGCCUGGAAGCACAGCCUCUGCUGUCCAGGCUUGCUAGAGGGAUGGCUACUCAGCCCUCAUACCAGCCCGGACAGCAGGUGGGCUGCUGGGGCCAGGAGCACUGAGCUUCCCUGACCUGUUCCCCAGGGAUGAGCUGGAAGAGGGGCUGGGGAGCCGGGUCCCUCUCCUCCGUCUGGAGAGAGAGCGCCAUGGCUGGAAUAGACGGUGGCAGCUUCGAGGAGGAGGAAGGUAGUGCCGAGUUCACAGCAGGCGUGUGAGGCCGGGAGGGCAGGGGCUGCAGUGGUGCUGGUCACAGCACAGUCACAGACUUCCUGGCCCCUCAAAGCGGCUCUCAUAAGGCAGAGGGAGGUCUCUAGCGGUGUAUCCCAUGAUUCUGUGCUCAGUUUGGGCCUAUUCAGGAUUUUCAUCUGUAACAUCGAUGAGGACACAUGUAACAAGCUGAUCAAAUUCUACACGAUAAGAAGCUAGACGGCGAAAUUAGCAGAAAGUCCUGGACAAACUAAAACAGUAGGACAAGACUGAUAAAGGGAUACACUUGAGGCACCACAGGGAAACUGCAAAUAAAUUGCAUUCGAGUCCCUCAACUCACUUGCUAGAAAUUUGUCUGGGGCGUAUGCGCGCACAUGCACACACAGGUGUAUGGGUGAGAAUGUCCACUGCAGCAUUGUCCUUAAUAGAAAGAGGAAAAAAAGCACCUGGAAACUCGGCGACCCUCAGUAAACCCCUACUGUGUACCCCCGAUCUGUGUGUGAUCACCUGAAAGGGGCUCCAAGACAUACGUGAAAAAGUGAAGUGUGCAAACACGCGUAAGGGCAAAUCUCAUUUGUAUUAAAAUACACGUGCACAUUUAUUACAUGCGUGUCGGUGCCCAUAAAACGUCUAAAAUGACGUGCAAGAAAACUACAGCUCUGCGGUCUCUAGACUGUAUUUUGUGCUUGAGCAAAUGUAACUGCCCAUCUCCACGAUGGGGAGACCAGGGUCUUUGGUUGAAGGUUACCUCAAGGCGAUGAACAAGGUGCUGCCUCAGGUCACGUUAAGAGAGGAAGAGCGUCCUGACCUCCUCCGCCCUGGUCACUCCGUGCAUGCCUGGGGUCCCUCCUUAGCUCUGAGGGCCACUCUGAGAGCACACUGCACUGGAGCUCACCUGCCACACACAGGUGACCCGGAGGAGUGACAAGGACUGAGGUGGGCCACACAGAUGGUGGGGGCAGAGAGAGGCAGGGCCUUGGUGUCUGCUCCACAGUGACAGUCGUGGCCCUGGUGGGGGGGGCAGCCGGGAGCAGGGACGGUUGCUCUGAGCAAGUGUCCUCUGGCUCUCUGGGGGUGGAGGCAGCCUGAGGGUAGCAGCAGCUGCGCAGCAGGUAGCAGGGAACUGGGUCAAACCCACUUGGUAGAGGAGGUGUUUGGUCAGAAAGACAAAUGGACUGAAUUUCACGUCUGGCAAACAUGGUAUACCAUGACAAGCUUUGGCAACGUUUAAGUAUUUUUGUCCAGUUUUUAGACCUAAGGGAGACGGUCUUCUAUAUUUUCUACUUUUUUCCCUUUUUAUUUCUAAUUUACUUUCAAACAAAUGUUCCCACCCUCUGCUUUAUGUAAUAAGAAAAAAUUGGCAAAACUAAAUAUUCCACAGCAGAGGACUAUUGAAAUAAGCCACACUACCUGCAUGUGAUGGCAUGGGGCUCCGAUGAGGGCAUUACAGAAAUGCAUCUACUCCUGUAGAAAAUCUCAGGGACUAAGGUGACUUUUCUUUUUUGUGGAACUGCAUUUCUUAAAAUUGUGUGUGCUAGCACUGAAUACACUUCAACUUUAUCGAUAGCAUAUGUGUAAGGUGUAAACCACAGCAAUAAAGCAAACACUCGUGUACCCACCACCCAGUCUAAAGGCAGGACCUCCCCAGUCCUCGGAACACCUCCCUCCCAAGGGCUCCUUCCUAAUUCUGUCUCCCUCCCGCUCACCUGUGCCCCAUGACCACUCUCCUGAUUCGUUUGUUUCCAUUCCCUUAAAAUGUGAACACGUGUAUUUGGUUCCUUAAUGUAUUGUCUGGGGUACAUUUUUUAAAACUUUUUUUUAAAGAAUAGAACCAUAACUGUCUAGUUUCUUCUGUGACUUGCUUUUCUCCUACAGUAUGUUCCUAAGAUUCCUCUAUGUCAGUGUGCAUAGCUGUCAUUCAUUUACUUGUAAUUUUUUUUAUCAGUUCUUCUGUCCGUGAUCCCAAGAAUGAUUUCCUGCUUUUGGCUAUUCUGAACAGUGCUGCUGUGACCGUUCUUAUAACUGUCUCCCAGUGCAAGGAGAUGCAUUGUUUCCAAUUCAUCAUUUUGACCAAAUUACCACCAAGAUGGAUUUGUUUUUGAUGAAAUUGCUUCUCAUCAAAUUUCCUGGAACCCCACGGCAGUGCUGGGGGAGGAGGCCUGGGGCUGGGGGCGUGUCCGCAGCUUUGAGGGGAAGGAGAAACACCCUGACCUUGGGGCUGGUGGUCCCCCCAGUAAAGGUAGCUGGGAUCUGGGCCUGGGGACACAGCAUGGGGAGCCUUGGGGUUCCCGAUAUCCCCAAAUUUCCCCCUUCUCCUUGUGCUUCCACUUGCCAACUCCUGCCACCCGCUAACCACCCCCUCGCCUCUCCAGAGGCAUGUGCUUAUCCUGCAGGAUUGGUCAGCUCUCCACUCCAAAAUCACUUGUGCUUUAACCCAAGGAUAGAGGUUGAGAGCGUGGGCGCUGGUGUCUUAGCCCUGUCACUCACCCGCUGUGUACUUCACCUCUCUAAGCCUCAGUUUCCUCAUCUUUUUAAUGGGGAUAAUUCCAGUACCUGCCUCCUGGGGUUGUUGUGAGGACUCAGGACACAAUACAGAUGCGGUACUCAGAGCCUUGCCUGGCACACAGCAGCCCCGUAACACGUGGUGGCUGGUACCACUGCUGUGCCCUCUCCCCUUCCCCCACCACCCACUCAUUCACAGACUGACUGGGAGAGGCCUGAACCCUUCCCUUAGGGACCACCCCCUGUCCCCUCCUGAAAGGUCAGAACUUUGACAAGAGGCUGAGCUUUCUCUUCUAGGUACCUGCAAACCUUAUGUCAUUUGAAUAAGUCUCUGCAGGACUUAGCGUGACUUCAGAGGCCUCUGGGAGCCGGCCUGGGACUGGUGGCGAAGCACGUGUCCGGGGCACAGGCCUUUGGUGGGGUGCUGGGAGACUCAGAGCUGGACUCAAGGGGACACGGCCGAGGCCUCACAGUCCAGAGGGCUCCACCGGUGCGGGGGUCCGCCUGCCGAUGCCCAGCCACCCCCAUGACCCCCAUUCUGCAGCACCGCCUCACGGGGCCGUGAUGGGUCCCCAGACUGUACAACCCGUCCUCCCUCCCUGGGCCCUCAUCCGUCCACCAGCUGCUGCUGCGACCAGAGAGCAUCCGUCCCACGUUGGGCCCCCAGUGCUUUCUCCUGCACAAAAGAGUGGACAGCGUCCCCCCGCGUGAGGGCUGGAGGGAAGGGACAGGCGGGGACUGGCUCCAGUGUGCCGGGUCGCUUGCCCACAGGGCUGCCUCAGAUUUUGUACAACCCCGAAGCGUCCUCUGCGUGUGCGUGCCGUGUCUGUGUGCGUGCAAGCGAGCGAGUGUGGACUCUCCGAGAAACAUGCAUUUUGGCACAAGACUCGUGACAUCACACACUUCAUUCUCUUUGAGGCCCUGCUUUAACCUUAAGCGAUAGGCUGGUCCACCGAGGAAGGUCAGAGUGAGAGCCCGGAUUCCUUCUGUGUUAAGGGUCCCUCGCAUUCUUUUACUGUAAACAAACAAUGCCUUAAAUCGUGUCUUGUUUUCUGUUCCUAUGGGUGCUAUUCAUCCGGAAGGCCUGCUCCCUGGGCCCCUGGGGCCCUCCCAGGCCUUGUUGCCGUCAGCUCUUCUGAGGCAAGACCCAGCUUCGGGACCGUGGACUGGGCCGGCACUGGCCUGCUUGCUUCCUCCCAGCCCCACUCCUGCAGGGUCUGAAGGCCCCGCUCUUCUCACCCCUCCCCCCGCCCCCGGGUCAGCAUGGGAAGUCCUGACGCUUUCUGCCAGCUUCUCGAGGCCUCCUGCGCGCACGAUGACCUGACCGGCUGCUCAGAAGCUACUUUGCACCGACCUCUCCCCGAGCAAGGCUUUUGCUCCCAUCCUCUCACCCCUUUGCCUCCACUGCCAGGGCAGGGCCACUGGGAUUCUUGAUUACACUGGGGAGCUGAGUGACACUGAGGCCUUAAGCUCCCCCAUUCUUGCCCCCAAACACAGUCACCAGCAAGUUCUCCAUCAUCCAAGUCCAAGGGCACAAUUGUUGACGACCAUGGUGACGAGAGCAAAGCCCUGGGGAGGGGACGGUCCGAGCUCUGCUUUCGGCUGAGAGCUCUUCAGGUGAACAAUGUCCUUCAUCUGUCACUCCUUGUCAUACUUUUAAGUGACUUUUAUUUUGCACAAAUACAUUUUUAUUUAAAGUAAUGAAUAAAAAUUAGCUUUAUUUAUGGUA